AGUGGGACACACCACAGCCUGCAGUGUGGGGAUACCAUCCUCUUUUGUGAUACAAGAAAGGAGUACCUCAUCACAUAGGAAAAAAAAAUGCUUUUUGGGGUGCUAGCCCUCCUAAUCCUCUGUGCUUUUCUAUGGAAUUAUAAAGGACAACUGAAGAUUGCAGACAUUACCGAUAAGUAUAUUUUCAUCACUGGGUGCGACUCAGGCUUUGGAAACUUGGCAGCCAGAACUUUUGAUAAAAAAGGAUUUCGUGUAAUUGCUGCCUGUCUGACUGAAUCAGGGUCGACAGCUUUGAAGGCAGAAACCUCAGAGAGACUUCAUACAGUGCUUCUGGAUGUAACUGACCCCGAGAAUGUCAAGAAGACUGCCCAGUGGGUGAAGAACCAUGUUGGGGAAAAAGGUCUCUGGGGUCUGAUCAACAAUGCUGGUGUUCUUGGUGUGCUGGCUCCCACCGACUGGCUGACAGUGGCAGACUACAGAGAACCUAUUGAAGUGAACCUGUUUGGACUCAUCGAUGUGACUUUAAAUAUGCUUCCCUUGCUCAAAAAAGCUCGAGGGAGGAUUGUCAACGUCUCCAGCAUUGGAGGUCGGCUUGCAUUUGGUGGAGGGGGCUAUACUCCAUCCAAAUAUGGAGUGGAAGGCUUCAAUGACUGCUUAAGACGGGAUAUGAAAGUUUUUGGCAUUCACGUCUCAUGUAUUGAACCAGGAUUCUUCAAAACAGAAUUGUCAGAUCCAAUAAAGGCAACUGAAAAAAAGCUUGCCAUUUGGAAACAUCUGUCUCCAGAUAUCAAAGAACAAUAUGGAGAAGGUUAUAUUGAAAAAAGUCUAGACAAGCUGAAAAGCACUACAACCUGGGUGAAUUUGGACCUCUCUCUGGUGGUAGAGUGCAUGGACCAUGCUCUGACAAGUCUCUUUCCAAAGACUCGCUAUGCUGCUGGAAAAGAUGCCAAGACUUUUUGGAUCCCUCUUUCUCACAUGCCAGCAGUUUUGCAAGACUUUUUAUUGUUGAAAGAGAAAGUAGAGCUGGCUAAUCCCAAAGCCGUGUGACUCAGCUGAUCACAGAUACCUUCCCCAGGCUAUGGGAUUAGCCAAAUUCAAGGACACAUCUACUUUUCCAUCCCAUUCCUUACCUAAUCCAACCUGGACUCAUUUAAACCAGGCUUAUUUAUAGAAAAGAAGGAGUCUUACAAUCAUCAGUAGUGUCUCAGGGUCCCUUCUCAAGCCUUCUUUGACAAG